CCUCCUUUUCGCUCCAAUAAUGUCCAGGAAAUUUGGGUCCUGAUUGUUUGAACCUUUCCUAACUUAUCUCGUCUGCCGACCCGCCCCGUAUUUUAUUUCACUAUUGUGCUUGUUAUUUAGUCCUAUUUCGCCUUUCUUAUACCGUGGAAAAAAUUGCUCCAAAUUCAAAAUACCAAAAAACCUACCCUCCACAAAAUAUUAUUAAUAAAAAUAAAUUAAAAUUAGUCCUCAACCAGCAAGUUCAAAUCGGCAGUUCUCUCUGGUUUUCCUACCUUCCCGCAACCAUCGCAGAUCAUCAUUCUUCUGUGUAUGCGUUUUCCCCUUCUGGGUGGCCUUCUUUGUCCGGUUUCCUCCCGGCUCCAGUAGUGAAUCAUCUACUGGUGUAACUCCUGCCUCCCACAUCUCCCCCUCUCUACCUCUCUCAUAUCACUCUCAUCCGGUGUCAACCCAGAGGCUAUCUACCGUCCUCGCCCCCUUACCAUUAUCCGGUCCUCCCCCUACGUCCUCCCCGUUCACACAGACUCCCGUUUCAUCAUGGGCCUUUUCAAGCGCAAGGAUUCCAAAAACUCGAUCCAGACCGAAAGGGAUGAGCAAGAAUCUUUCGUAUCAGCCAAUAGUGCUCGUACCUCCAAUGCCUCGUUGAGAUCCCCCGGUUUCAAAUCAAGUGGGUUGCCAGCGUCCAUCCCGGAAAUCUCGAUUGCCAAACCGCCCGACCCAGCCUUAGAUCCGGCAGCCUACCUGCGAAGCAUACAUGCGGUCCGAGAACGAUCUAAAUAUGUCCUGGUGAAAGCAAAGAGGAACAAGCUCAAUCACUUCGAUGUCGAUAUGAGCAAGUUCGAAGCCACCGCAUCCUACAUUGUGUCCAUCAUUAAGAGAGAUUACGCACCGGACUACGAUUCGAUCCCUCCUCAUGGUCGCUGGCAGCAUUUUGAUGUUGGCGGCCGACCCCGCAUCAAUCAGUUACUGCAGUCCUGGCCUAGCACAAUCGAUGCGCAAGAGCGAACUCGGCGAUUGAUCGACCUCUUCGUCGUUUCGGUCCUUCUUGACGCUGGUGCGGGGACUAGAUGGUCUUACAAAUCGAAGGAGUCUGGCAAAGUCUAUUCGCGGAGCGAGGGGCUGGCUGUCGCCACGCUAGAGAUGUUCAAGAGCGGACUUUUCAGUAGUGACCCUACGGAGCCUUGCCAGGUGGAUGGUGCCGGUUUGAAGAAGGUGACGGUGGAAGUGUUGGCCAAGGGUAUGCAACAUUCAGAGAACAACCACUUGGCGGGUAUCGAAGGACGUGCGGGGCUCCUGAUUCGCCUUUCGGAAGCAUUGAACAAUCAGGAUUUCUUUGGGGUCGAUGCUAGGCCAGGAAAUAUGCUUGACUACCUUCUUUCACAUCCCUCGACACAAGCGUCAUCGGUGCCGAUUGUCCCUAUUACAACGCUCUGGACCGUCCUCAUGGAUGGGUUGACGCCAAUCUGGCCCCCUUCCAGAACACAAAUUGAUGGCUUGUCGAUCGGGGAUGCUUGGCCGUGCUCGGAUCUACCCCAGUCUCCUCCAGCACAGCCUUGGGAAACCAUUGUUCCGUUCCACAAACUCACACAGUGGUUGUGCUAUUCCAUCAUGGUCCCAAUGUCGAAAUUGAUGAAGAUCCAUUUUGCUGGCAGUGAUCUACUAACAGGUCUUCCGGAGUACCGCAAUGGUGGCCUUCUGAUCGAUAUGGGUCUGUUGACUCUCAAGGAAGAAGAUGCCCAACGAGGUAUUGCUGCCUAUAAAGAGAACGCACAGAUCAAAGGUCAACCGAAUGUGGAAGUAGUUCCUCUUUUCUCUACAGGCGAUGAUGUGGUUGUGGAAUGGCGAGCUGUCACCGUUGGGUUCUUGGACGAGCUGCUUGUGGCCGUUAAUUCUCAAUUGGGGUUGGUUGGCGAGGACCAGUUGACCCUUGCACAGAUGCUUGAAGCUGGGUCAUGGAAGGGUGGCCGUGAGAUUGCCGAGGUGUCAAGGCCAAACACCAAAGAGCCACCGAUUAUGAUCCGCUCCGAUGGUACCGUUUUUUAAUAUUUAACACACCCUGUCGAUUCGUGAUACCAGACUCCGCCAGCUAUGUCUAUUAAUCGGUGGCGGUAGUCCUUACGACUUUUUAAUGACCAGAUGUUUAUGUCUUCAAUAUUUUUCCCGCUUCCCUCCAUCGACUUUUGCGAAAGGAGCUUUACCUUCUUCUGCUGUAGAGCUACUAUUUGGGAUGAUGCUACAUUCUUGUACAUUUCUUUUUUGGUGGGGUGUCUCUAAAAGUACGGAUGACCUUCGGACAGCUACAGAUUUGCGUCCUGCCUACAAGUUGAAAACUGACGCCUACGCUUAUCUAAUAUGGCGCGCUACAGUGAUACGGCCCCGGUUGUGUGGCCUUGUCAUGAAUGUCAAUACAACCAUAAUUGACUACUUCAAUUCUGAAGGAUAAUCACAUUUGUAGUGUUCUGUGGGUACAGUGGAAGAUAGCGCAUCAGUCAGUCUACUAGUACGGACAAUAGCGUGGUAUAUUGAA